AUGGAUCCUUCCAUCGGAGGCGGAUGUUCCAUUCCCAAUGCAAACACUCCGCCUGGCUCCAUCCUCGCACGACUAGAUGGCUGCACCCUUCAAGGUUACUCAGUGCCCGGGGGCAGGUUUAACGGGACAACAUACCUUGGCGAAAUCUCUGUCCAUGAGAUUGGCCAUUGGCUCGGACUACUACACACCUUUGACGGCGAGUCAUGCACUGGAAAUGGUGAUUACAUCGACGAUACACCGGCUGAAAAGUCAUAUGAGUUCAUGGCCUGUCCAGUUGGAAAAGACACUUGCCCUGAUCAACCAGGAUUGGACCCAAUUGACAACUUUAUGGAUUACUCAGGUGACGGUUGGAACAAGUUUACUCCAGGCCAGAAGGUUAGGAUGCAUAACAGCUGGUUCACUCUCAGACUGGGCAAGUAA